AUGACAGAUGGAGGCGGCGGCUCCCCGUCUGACCUGGAUGAGGCCAUCAAACUCCACGCUGCCACCCUAGCACUGUGUCCCCCUGGCCAUAUUCCUCAAUUGGAGUAUAUCAACAACCUUGCCACCAGCCUUUGUGACCGAUUUCAGCAGCACGGAACCCUGUCUAAACUGGAAGAUGUCAUCGAGCUCCACAGAGCUACACUCAUAUUCUGUCCACCUCACCAUGCUCUUCGAUCCAAUUAUAUGAACAACCUUGCCGUCAGCCUUUGUGACAGAUUUAGCCAGCAGGGCGCUCUGCCUGACUUGGACGAGGCCACCGAGUUCUACCGGGCAGCACUCGCACUGCGUCUCCCUGGCCAUUCUCUGAUUCAUGUCUCAACGACUUUGCCAGCAGCCUUCCAACCGAAUUCGUGGAAUGUGCCGCCCCAUCUGACCUGGACGAGGGAGGCCAUUAAGCUCCAUCUAGCUGCAGUCGCGCUCCAUCCCCCUGACAAUCCUAGGCGAUUCGUAUUUCUCUACCACCUUGACAUCAACCCUGAAACCAUGUUUGAGCAGUAG